AUGACGACGCACAAGAUUACGCCCGACUCGACGUGCAGACAGGCCAAGGCAAUGUACGACCAGUGCUUUGAUCAGUGGUAUACAAAAGUGUUUCUGCAGCACAAGGCGCAGGGCGUGAUGGGGUGUCCGAAGGAAUACGAGGCGUAUACGCAGUGCUUCAUGCACGAACUUAACAACGACAAAGCGCUCGUCGAGAGCAUCAAGUCGGUCAUGCAGCCCGAGGUGAAACAGCGUUUUGAAACACGGAGAACUGCGUCUCGACAAGAGGACGACAAGUCCAAAAGUAGCAGUAGCAGUUCAACUGACUGA